ACGCGGCGGCUCCCAGGGUGCUCGGCGGCCGGCGGCGGGAGAUCUCCAUUAUCAUGGAAGCAGAAGGAGAGUUCUUGGGAGAAAAGAAGUUCAAGCAGUGUUGUGCAGAUUUUAUUAAACACUCCCAGAAGAUAGGUGACGGAUGGGAGUGGAAGCACUUAAAGGACUGCACUGAUGGCUACAUGUGCAAAAUCCAUUUCAGAAUGAAUGAUGGGACCACGGAGUCACAGCUAGAGACAACUUCCAGGGAACAGUCCCCCUCUACUCAAAUUGAGGAAGUCCUGGAAAUGCCCCCAGAUGAUUCUCAAGUGGCUGGGAUUGCUGCAGCAUCAGAAGUGAUUCGCUAUGAAUAUCAUGUCGUAUACUCCUGCAGCUAUCAAGCACCUGUGCUUUACUUUAGGGCAAGCUUUUUAGAUGGAAAACCCCUAACUCUGAAUGAAAUAUGGGAAAGAGUUCAUGAAUGCUACAGGACACGUGUUUUGCAGGAACCUUGGAACACUAUUACUCAACAGGAGCACCCAUUACUUGGACAACCAUUUUUUGUACUUCAUCCCUGCAGGACAAAUGAAUUUAUGACUUCUAUAUUAGCUAAUUCCCUAAAAGCCAACAGAAAUGUAAACUACAUCACAUCCUGGCUGAGUGUGGUAGGGCCAGUGGUGGGGCUGAAUCUUCCCCUGAGUUAUGCAAAAGCAACAUCCCAGCUGAAUGAAAAUACGGAUUGAACUAAUGAAGCAAAAGAAAACUCCAAGCAAGAUACUUGAGAUGAAUUCAGAGCACCACUUCCAGCUGACAUCAAACCGAGAGCACCAAAGUUCUGACUGGAUGUGGAAGCUGGUCGGUCUCACCUCACAGUGACCUUGGCUCUGGAUGUUUUCAUUCCUCUUUGGAAGCAAUGUGAUCAACUGUAUUUGUAAAUGGAGUCAUCAUCAGAAAAUACUGCAACCAUUGGAUUUGCCAGGAAUUGCAGUAAAACAUUUAGCAUUGGUCAGGGCAGAUGCCAUCAUAGUCCUUCCUAAUAUUUUCCUCUUUCUUCCUUUUCUUCUGGCAAGAGGGUGUUUUCUACCAGAAGUGAAAUUGAAGGCCCAUUUCCUCCUGCUUUUGUUUCUUGAUUUUUAAGGGGAGUGAAAAUUGGGACACAUGGUUUGUUCUUUCCUCAAACUGACAUGCUAGAUAGAGAUCAUGGCAUAUCAUGUGUCAUUCUGCUGCCCCAAAUGCCCAGACUUAGGAGAGAAGGCAUUUGUUUCCUUCUUUACUGUACCAAAGGUUUUGUUCCCCCCAUUUCCAAUUUCUAAUGUUUCCAGAUAACAGACACUUGACCAUCAAAGUAGGUAUCUUGAGUAGAUAUCAAAAAACACAAAUGUUUCAUGUUGUUCCAAGGGAAAUCAUGCAUUUCCACGGAAUCCAAUUCAGUAAUAGAUUCAGGCUGUUUUACGGGGCACUCAAGGAAUUAUUAAACUGUAGAUUGCAAUAAUACUAGAUUGUAAACUCCUCUGCAGACAGUCUUUCUCCUAAUGCAUAUUCUCAAGUGUCCAGUACUUUGCCCACUUUAGGUGUUCAAUAAAUGCUGUUGGUAAAGAUGAGAGAACCAAGA